UCAACUGGAAGAUCUGCUUCUUCACUCUCAUAUUGCUUCCCAUGGUUGCAGCAACCCAUUCCAACUGCAUCAUUAAGAAGGAGCAAGAGACCUGUUUGGAGAAGAUACGAAGGACAACUGCCCUGAACCCCCUCAAUGACUCUUCUCCAGGUUGCCCAGGAAUGUGGGACAAUAUUACGUGCUGGAAACCUGCAAGUGUGGGUGAAAUCGUCUUUGUCAAGUGUCCUGCACUGUUCAGAUUUAUCAUCUCUGAAGAUGGUUGGGAAGUAGAUAAUUUGGGGCAAACCCAUGCAGGUGAUUAUGACCUGCUGGAAAGCACAGCCCAGUCUCCCUUAGGGGACAUCAGCAGAAACUGCACUGAAGAUGGCUGGUCUGAACCUUUUCCUCAUUAUUAUGAUGCCUGCGGGUUUGAUGAAAAUGAAACAGAAUCUGAUAACCAGGAUUACUACUACCUGUCUGUGAAGGCUCUGUACACAGUGGGAUACAGCACUUCUCUUGUUUCCCUCACCACUGCCAUGGUUAUCCUCUGUCGUUUCAGGAAGCUUCACUGCACUCGAAAUUUUAUCCACAUGAACCUCUUUGUUUCAUUCAUUCUACGUGCAAUAUCUGUAUUCAUUAAAGAUGGGGUUCUUUAUGCAGAACAGGAUGGCAACCACUGCUUUAUCUCAACAGUGGAAUGCAAAGCAGUGAUGGUGUUUUUUCACUACUGUGUCAUGUCCAACUACUUCUGGCUUUUCAUUGAGGGAUUGUACCUUUUCACUUUAUUGGUAGAAACCUUUUUCCCAGAGAGGAGAUAUUUCUACUGGUACACUAUUAUUGGUUGGG